UAGGAGGUGGAUAAUAAAAGCGGGCCAAUUUUCCCACCACCUGUCAGAUUUUGUUUUUCUGUUCUCUGAUCUUUUCUUCCUUCUUCCUUCUUCCUUCUUCCUUCUUCCAAUGGCUUGCGGUGCCACUGCUCAGCCUUUGUUGAACCUCGAACUCUCACACUCACAGCAACCAAAAAGGCCUUACACUUUCUCUUUGUGUUCCUUCACCAAGUCACGACUUUCCCCAAAGCCUUUUUCUUUUCAAUCCAAAGAUCACACCAAGCUCAACAUUUUCGCAACUCCAUCACUGUUUUCCAGGAAGAAACCAGGAUCCCAUGUUGCUGCCCAGAGUGAUUAUUCUUCAGGGGAAGAAGCUAGCUCACUUUUACCCGAAUCAGCUUAUCAAGAGCCCUUUUCUUGGUCUUCAGUGAUUUUGCCAUUUUUGUUUCCAGCUCUGGGAGGGUUAUUAUUUGGCUAUGACAUUGGUGCCACCUCUGGUGCUACAAUCUCUUUGCAGUCGCCUGAGCUUAGUGGAACUACUUGGUUCAACCUCUCAGCUGUUCAGCUGGGUCUAGUGGUCAGUGGUUCCCUUUAUGGGGCCCUUCUUGGUUCCCUCCUUGUCUAUCCAAUUGCAGAUUUCCUCGGAAGGAGGAGAGAACUCAUCAUUGCUUCUCUACUAUAUUUGCUUGGUGGUGUGCUGACUGCUUAUGCUCCAGACCUUAGUGUUCUCUUAGUAGGACGGCUACUCUAUGGCCUGGGUAUUGGAUCAGCUAUGCAUGGGGCUCCUCUGUACAUAGCAGAAACUUGCCCAUCUCAGAUACGUGGUACACUAAUAUCUCUAAAAGAACUAUUCAUAGUUCUGGGAAUUUUGUUGGGCUAUUUUGUGGGAAACUUCCAAAUCGAUGCUGUUGGGGGAUGGCGAUACAUGUAUGGAUGUAGUGCCCCGAUCGCAUUACUAAUGGGACUAGGAAUGUGGAGUCUUCCACCAUCACCACGCUGGUUAAUUCUCAGAGCGGUUCAAGGUAAAGCAUCUUUACAAGAAUACAAAGAAAAAGCAAUCCUUGCCCUAAGCAAACUACGGGGUCGAGCUCCGGGUGAUGAAGCAUCCGAGAAGCAAAUAGAAGAUACCCUAAACUCGGUGAAGUUUGCCUAUGCGGAACAGGAAUCGGAAGGAAAUAUCUUGGAGGUACUUCAGGGGCCAAGUUUGAAAGCCUUCAUAAUUGGUGGAGGUUUAGUCCUUUUUCAGCAGAUAACUGGCCAACCAAGUGUUCUGUAUUAUGCUGGUCCAAUUCUACAGAGUGCUGGAUUCUCUGCGGCUGCUGAUGCUACCCGCCUUUCUGUUGUUGUAGGUUUGUUCAAGUUACUGAUGACUUGGAUAGCCGUUGCAAAAGUUGAUGACCUUGGUAGAAGACCUUUGCUGAUUGGAGGUGUCGGUGGGAUUGUAUGUAACCUAUUCCUCUCAUUUCUGUUUUUAUCUGUUUUGGCCUUUUGGGACUUGGAUAUGUUUGUUUCCAUGGAAGUUCUUAUUUGCCUUUAUGAACUUGUUGCACUGCAGGCACUUUCUUUGUUUCUGCUUUGUGCUUAUUACAAAUUUCUCGGAGAAUUCCCGUAUGUUGCUGUAGCCGCACUACUUCUCUAUGUCGGUUGCUAUCAGGUAUCAUUUGGGCCAAUCAGUUGGCUGAUGGUGUCUGAAAUUUUCCCACUGCGCACAAGAGGGAAAGGCAUUAGUCUUGCAGUUCUAACAAACUUCGGUUCAAAUGCCAUAGUUACCUUUGCAUUCUCACCAUUGAAGGAGCUGUUAGGAGCUGAAAAUCUUUUCCUUCUUUUCGGUGCGAUUGCUCUGUUAUCACUUUUGUUCGUGGUGUUUUACGUCCCGGAGACUAAAGGUUUGAGCUUGGAAGAGAUUGAAUCCAAGAUCUUGAAGUGAAGAAGCUCCUUUUAAUUAAUAACCUUACCAUGGUUCUUGUAAGACUACUAUUUAAGAUACAUGUACACUCGCAACGUACACAGAUUCUGUAUCAUUGUCCCGUUU